GGACAAAACCCCUUUGACCUGGAGUUCAACCAGUCCAACCACCUGGAGCCCGUCUUCAACUUUGAGUGCCCACCCCGUCCUGACAUGCCUUCAAGUCAACCUAUUGACAUCCCCGAUGCCAAGAAAAGGAACAAGAAGAAGAAGCGCUGCAGAGCCACCGACAGCUUUUCUGGCAGGUUCGAAGAUGUUUACCAGCUGCAGGAGGAGGUGCUGGGAGAAGGGGCCCACGCCAGAGUCCAGUCCUGCGUGAACCUCAUCACCAACAAGGAGUAUGCAGUGAAGAUCAUAGAGAAGCGCCUGGGACACAUCCGGAGCAGAGUUUUCCGGGAGGUGGAGAUGCUGUAUCAGUGCCAGGGACACAGAAACGUCUUGGAGCUGAUUGAGUUCUUCGAGGAGGAGGAGAGGUUUUACCUGGUGUUUGAGAAGAUGAGGGGAGGCUCCAUCCUGACCCACAUCCACCGGAGACGCCACUUCAAUGAGCUGGAGGCCAGUGUGGUGGUGCAGGAUAUCGCCAGUGCCCUGCACUUCUUGCACAACAAAGGGAUUGCGCACAGGGAUCUAAAACCAGAAAAUAUCCUGUGUGAGAGCCUGGACCAGGUCUCCCCAGUGAAGAUCUGCGACUUUGACCUGGGAAGUGGCAUCAAACUGAAUGGCGAUUGCUCCCCCAUCUCCACCCCGGAGCUGCUCCCCCCG